UAGAGUGACCAUCGAGAAACGUUUAUAGCAAAAUUCAAUAGUCACUUAAACAUUUGUUGAAAGUAAUCGUUUAUGUCUUGAAAUUGGCGGUGAAAUUACCCAAAAAACCACUAUUCCGACACCCUAACAAACAUUUUUUUCUUCCCCUCUUUCAAUUUUCUACCGCUCUCUCAAUUUUUUUAUAGUCAGCAAAUGGCUGCUUCAAUCUUCCAAAAAUUCUUGAGAAGUCAGUCUCUAUACGCCACAAAAUUGAUCAGCCAUCCGUCAUUACCGCCAGCAUAUCUGCUUACCCAAAUCUCCGAACCCACUAUAUUAGCUGAUGAAAUCCCCCUUUCCGGUCAUCAGAAAAUAGCGAAUUCAAGAUUAUAUCCUUCCAUUUCUUCACAUUUCUACCCGAGCUUUUCUUUUGGGUUUUUUCUGCACCCAGUUUUUUCUUCAAUCGGGUCAAUUCGAUCUGAACCUGAUGACGAAACCGUUUCUGAGAGUCCUCUAACUAUCUGGGCUGAUAGUGUGAAGAAGAAGAGGAAAAGAAAGAUGAACAGGCACAAGUUGAGGAAGCUAAGAAAGUCUCUCAAGAACAAAAGUUAGUUUCAACAUUUCUACCUUUUCUUUAACUUUAAUCAUGGGACGAGUUAGUGGUGGCAUUUCUUUUUAAGGAUAGCAUUGAACUGAACUUAGUUUGGUUGAAUUAUUUUGAUAAUUUAUCAGCAUUUUGUUGUGGAAGAUAUCGCUCAUUACUGGUUGUAUGCCAUUCCAUCUUUUGCUGGGAAUAAAAAGAUUUAAGUAUACUAAAAGCAGUGUGAAUGGAAAUUAUCCAGAGCUUAUUCUGUCAAGCUUGUUUGA